AUGGUGGUGAAGCUUCCCGGACACCAUCAUCUUCUACUCACUAGAGCAUUAUUUUCCGUAACCUGUUUUGAGUGCGGUGAAGAUAUAGUUGCGUUAAAUGGUUACUAUUGCAAGAUUUGUAAGGAGGGAUGGCACACAAAAUGCAUGCCGACAACACCAGAGAUCAACCACCCAUGCCACCCAAACCAUGCGCUCAAGCUUCUCAUAGACGGGGCACCUGCUUACACCGACGGUAAAUGUCAUUUCUGUCGACAAGAUUUGAAAACUGUUGUAUAUCAUUGUUUUACGUGCAAUUUCACCUUGGAUUUGAGAUGUGGGGCAUCACCAAAGCAAGUAACGAUAGAUGAGUCCAAGUGCCACAACCACCCACUCACCAUCAUGGCGAGACAAGUUUCUUUCCUUUGCAAUGUUUGUGGCACGCGUGGUGAGCGUAACCCUUAUGUAUGUACUGCCUGCUCUUUCAUGGUCCAUGAAGAUUGCAUGGAUAGACCCCAUGUCAUAAACAUUAAUCGUCAUGAUCAUCGCAUCUCCCACACUUAUUCGCUUUGUUUUGGGAAUAUGGUAUGUCGAGUUUGUCGUCUGGGUAUUGAUUGGGUGUAUGGAGCCUAUUCUUGCUCAAAGUGUCCUGAGUUUGUGGUACAUUCUAAAUGCGCAACAAGCCAAGAAGUAUGGGAUGGUAAGGAGCUCCAUGGAGUACCUGAAGAGGAGGAAGAAGAGCCAAUGUUCAAAGUGAUUGAAGAGAAUGUGAUAAAUCAUCAGAUGCAUCCUUCUCAUAAUCUAAGACUCACAGCAGAUGGUGUUGUUCGUGAUGAAGGCGUAAGAUGUCAACUAUGUGAGGGAUCCGUCUAUUCUGACAAAUUAUAUAGCUGCAUGGAAUGUGACUACGUUCUUCAUGAAACAUGCGCAUACCUUCCUCAUAAGAAACGACAUGGUUUGAGUAGGUCUCGCAUUUCACUUAAAAAGGGGCCUCGUGAUGGUGAGUACUUUAAGUGUCGAGCCUGUAGACAACUGUCAACAGGCUAUAGGUACGAAUUUUUAGAUUACAACAAAUUGGAACUAGAUAUGAGAUAUGACACAGUUGAUCAGUUAGGCUACAUGAAGGUGCUCCCUUAUGGAAGCGUAUUGGAACUAGAUCUGAGAUGUGCCGCAGUUGAUUGGUCGUGUGACCAUGAGAGCCAUCCCCAUACCUUAUUUCUCACCAACUUAGCCAAGGACACUUGUGGAGCUUGUGGCAACAAAAAAGACUAUGUGUUGCGUUGUGUUGAUUGUAAGUUUAACUUGUGUUACAAAUGUGCUACUUAUCCAAAGAAGAUAAAGCACAGGUGCGAUGACCACCCUCUGUUGUUGAGCUUUGGCGAUAAGGAGCAGCAUGGGAAAUACUGGUGUACGGUAUGCGAAACAGAAGCUGAUCCAAAAGAAUGGUUUUAUGAAUGUGACAAGUGUGGGAUCGUUGGUCAUAUUCGGUGCGUUCUUGGAGACUUUGCAAAUGUUAAACCCAGUGUUGGGGUCUUGUGCGGGAACAAAAGUGGAGUGAUCCGCAACAACAGUGUCACACGACCACAUUGCCACUAUUGCGGCAUUUGUUGCCUGGUUCCUUUUAUUUAUAGAGUUUCUGAGCAUUACUUUUGUUCUUUUGAUUGCUUAGAACCUAAGUCAGAGCUUAUGGAAUCGUUGAAGGCCGAAGCCGCUCGAAAGAGGCGACUUGAAGAAGAGAUAAUGGAAAAAACAGAAAAAGUGUUCACUCUUAAACGGGAGUAUCUUAGAUCUCGUGAAUCUAGAGAGUUUUGA